UCAUGUCUGCGACACGAGAGAUUGAGAAAGCCAAGGUGUCGACACGUAUAGAACUUCUGUUUCUCUGGCGGAUUUGAUUGAGCGCCAUUGCGCGCCUCAUGAGCCGCCUGCUCAUUGUCCGUAUCAUCGUUGUCUACACGGAAUCCUCUAAAGCAGCCAACGUCAAGAUGUCCAUCCGCUCAGGGUUCUUGUACCGACUAGAAGAACGACAAGUUGUUCGCCUAGUGGGAAUCAACGAGGUUGCGUCCGCAACGCUUUCUGCUGAACUUGGACUCGGCAAGAUCGGCAGCAUCGGCGUUAGAGGCCUCAGUGCCUGCACGGUGGUGAUAGUCGCCUCCAGACACCGUGCAAUUCUCGCACAUGUUGCACCAAACGAGCUAGAGUCUCCCGAGGAAGACUCCUACAUCAAACUCGCACAUAGAAUGAUGGAUGAUCUCUUCGAGGCCUAUCGGAAUCAUUCCCAGUGGUUUGCCGGAAACACCAGGACGUGGGUAGUCUAUGCAGUCAUAGGUAGCGACGUUGCCACACCGGAACAAAAGGACAUCAUCACCUCUCGAAUCAAGGAGAUGAACCUUCCAGAACCAAUACAAAUCGCCCGGCCGUUAAAACCAUUCGUGAGCAGCUCUCAAUCUGAAGGCACUGUGGUGGUUAUUGGUAGUGCAGACUCUGCUCGUCUAUUCGUAGAAGACAGAGAAAUUGCAAACGAAGAAAUUGGUCAACAUACGGCAACACCAGCUCACACGGUUACUCGUUCUGAAACCACGGCAUUAGCAUCUUCCUCGUCCAAUAUAUCCACAACUGGGCAUUAUGGCUCAGCUCAGAAACCUGAGUACGUAUGGAAUGACGGCACUUGGGGCCCCAAACCGGCCGCUACUGCAGCUUCUUCAGUAGCACCUCCAGUAUCUACAACACCCACAGGAACGCGCUGGGACGGGCAGUAUCAUGUAUCAACUGCGAACCCGGCGUAUGCUUGGAUCAGUGGUGCCUGGGGUCUCAGGCCUGGACAGAGACCGUCUUCGUGUGUAGAUAGAAUGGCAUUCGUCUCGAUGGUAUAAAAGUUGAAUGAUCGUCUAAGAGGCGGAUAAGAGUCAUCUAGACGGCAAGCAAGGAAUAAUUAAGUACGCUUUCAAGUGGUUUCUUGAGGAGCAUUUUGUUGGCCCUUUUUCCCAAGAGAGCUUUUUACUCCAAAUGGUUAGCAUGGUCUUGGCCAGGAGGAGCUUCGAUCAUCGCAGUCAGUACUUCACCAACUACAUCACUAAUUCAUAC